CGGCUCGGAGCCCGCAGUCGAGAUAUUCGCUUUCGCGCGACACGUGUGUGCAUUUGCAGGGGGGGCGAUUUUCCGGGGGCCCACACCGGAUUCGACGAUUCGCGUGCAGGAGGAUUUUUUUUUUCGUCCUCGAUGAGGCCGCGCGUUCGACCGGCAGGAGACUCGCAGGAGUUCGAAAGGCGCGGGACGUUCGCGAGCUCUUAGGACGAUCCGUUGAUUAUAUUUUUUUUUUCGUUCUGGUGUUAUUGAAUGGUAAAAUCCGCAGAUUGUUCGUUAGGAAAUUAGUAAAAGUCGAGAGAAUGCCGACGUCGGUGUGGAUCAAAGCGUCGGUGUCGAGCGCCGUCUGUUUGAUGUUGAUGAACGCGACGGCGGCGGCGACGGCGACGGCCGAAGGCGGUCCGAGAGGACCUUCAACGAAACCACCGCGCAUCGGAGGCAGGUGUAAGGUUUCGGAAUUCGCGUGCAACAACGGCCGUUGCAUCCCUUUGAAUAGAUAUUGCAAUAACAAGAACGAAUGCGGCGACGGUUCGGACGAGCCCAGGUAUUGCACUAAAUGUAACAGAACAUAUUACGGGGUAAUUGGAAAAACGUAUAAUCUGGAACUUCAUCGACCGAAAGAGGAUAAAAUCCCGUUUAUUUGUUUCCUAACUUUUACUGCAAAUGGAGGAGAUUUCGGUGAUCUUAUUCAGCUUACGUUCGACAGCUUCACAUUGGGCCGAUUCGUGUCUUUUACAACGGACGGAUGUCCGGAUGGUGCCUUACAAAUAGCCGAAUCAAAUCGACCGCAGGUCGGAGGUUCCUGGUGUGGCACCUCCUGGGGUCCUGCCAUUUAUUACAGCGAAACCGGUAGCGUUACAGUCUCCGUCAAUCUCUAUCGCCUCUCCAAAGUCGAGAACGGCUACAAUUUCGACUAUAGGAUGGAGUACAAGUUUCUGAAAAAGAAAAACGCCAUCGUUCGAUACGGAGGACGACCUCCACCGUCGUCUUACAACACCACCGAACCCACCGUCGGAUACGGCCCGGAACCCGAUUACUAUUUAGGCGAUUUAAUAACUGGAACUUAUUGUUCUCGAAUAUUCAGCGACUGUGAUAGGAAACACUGCCGUCUCCAGUCCCCCAAUUUUCCGGGGAUCUAUCCCCGAAAUUUGACCUGUUAUUACGCCGUCAGGCAGCACGAAAUACCGCCAGGUAAACACGCUUUGAUAACGGUGCGUCAGCCGAAAGGUCAAUUGAUUUCGAUUCGAAGUCAAUCUGCAUUAUAUGGCACCGCGACGCCCAACGAAAUCAAAGUAUGGGACGCCUGCGACGACGUGCAGGAUUACGUAACCGUCUACGACGGUUACACCACCAGGGAUCCGGUGAUAUUGAAAUUUUGCGGUGGAGGUGAAGAAGUCCCGUCGGCGGUUUCCAGCGGUCACGAAUUGUUGGUGGAGUUUUCCACUUCACCAUAUGGCACAUUUUUACAUCCGACGCCGGUGCAGGCGUUGCACGGCUUUCAAUUGGAAGUCGAGGUAACGUUCAUCGACCAGCAGCUUCCAGCUUAUGCCAAACAAAAACGCGCCUGCGAAUUCUGGAUACGCGGAACCAACAGAGGAGUCCUGGAGAGUCCUAUGCAUUCCGUACCGGCAAACACUACCUGUCUCUAUCACCUUCAAGGUCUCGACGCCUCUUUGUCUCCGUCACCGCCGCCUUCGCAUCGCUCCAGAUACCCGGAUUGGAGACACGUGGGAAUGAUUUUACCGCCGCCCCGCUACAGGGUCUGGUUGAGCGUGCUCAAAUUCCACGUGGUCAGUCCUUGGGAUCCCGAAAAACCCGAUCAGGUCUGCAGGAGUUAUCUGAACGUUUGGGACGGACCGUUGUGGCAACCUUCUAACUGCGAUGGUUUGUAUUGCUCAAAGGACAAAUCGAAAUCGCGACCUCCGGAGGUGCAAGCGCCCGGAAAGAAGAACGUCACGUUGUUGGCCCGUUACUGCAAAGAGCACAUGCCCAGGAGUUGUGAUCAUUCCCUGCUGGGAAACGCCACCCGAUAUCCAAGACCUUGCACUCUGGCAGAGAGUUUUCUCACCACCGGAGACAGUCUCACGUUGGAGAUGCGAGUGGCCGAUUCCACCGCUUUGAAGCCCGUCAAUUUCAAGGCGCUUUACGAGUUCGUCGAUCUUCAUCUGGACGGUGAGCCCUUCGGAGAAGGGCCGUGCUCGAGACGUUUCGGCAGCGGCGACGCCCAACAGAAAUUCAAAUCGCCCAGGGACAUUUUCCUCUACGGUCGAGGGGGAGCCAAAAACAUCAGUUGCGUGUACCGCUUCGAGGUGGACAAAGAAGAACGGAUUAAAAUCACCAUUACCGACAUGAUAGUGAAAAAUCGACAUUGCAGUACGGUGAUCAGCAAAGAUACCAAUCAACUCGAGUGUUUCGGCAACGCAUCGGCCACCCUCAGGUUCUUCGAAAUGCCAUGGGCAGACGUACCUGGAGUACCGAGAGAUUGUCUAUGUGCAGUGGACAAAAACCGCCUCAUACCGUUCACCUACUUUUCCACUUCCAAUGCAGUCGAAUUGAGAUUCAACGUAUUCGGGAUGAACGCUUCGGACGAUUACGAUACCCUCUAUUUCGAAGGUAACUGGCGCUACAUCAAGACGCCCGGGUGUAAAAAGAAUUUGAGGUAUAGAGGAGCCAACGGGGAGAUAAGUUUCGUCUAUCCGACGCCAUAUGAUGAGUUGAAUUGCGAGGCCGAUCCGAGGGUAAUAAUACCAGGAUUGAACAAAUUCCUGUACGUGAAAAUACGAGGGAGCAUGCUGAAGCACUCGACUAGAAAGAGGAACGCCACUGUGAAAACUAUUUACACCGGCCAAAGUUGCGAAACUUCUAAUAGAAUUAGCGUACACACCAGUCUCUACUCGGCCGUUAUCUGUCCGCAAGAUUCCGGUUAUCGGGAUAACUUGGUGGAAGUCUUCUCCGACGGAUGGAACGCUUACAAAGAGAAAGAUCUCACCGUAGACGGACUGACAUUAGAUAAAAUAGAAAUCGAUCGCUUGGGAACGGAACUAUCCAAAACAAUCACCGUGGAAUUUCAUGGAAAAGAAGAGGGAGAAUACGGCGUUCAAUGGCUGGAGCUAACGAGACGACGAGACUUGCCGCCCAACGGUUUGGGUUUAUUCAUGAUGAAACCAGACGAUUGUCAAUAUCGAUGUCCGGAAUUGGACGCUUGCAUUAAUUCGAGCGUUUGGUGUGAUGGUAUUGAAGAUUGUCCAUCGGGAAUCGAUGAAGCCAUCACCCAUUGUUCAUUGUUGCUACAAUUACCGCCCGUCUAUUUGUUCUUCGGAGCUUUGGGGAUGAUACUAUCAAGCUUCCUGGCCGGCGUGAUUAUGUGGAAAACAUGCAGGAGAAGACCGAGAUCAAUAUUACAAACGAGGCUUAAAAGUCUCUCAUCUGACACUGCCAUUAUCGACGAUCGAGACGGUAACGACCGUCUGACCUACCCUACAGAACUUCGACCUACCCUACAGAACUGUGAUUAG